CAACUGCUGCACUUUUUGAGUUUAUUUAUUUAGUAAAUAAGUACGUCUGCUGUUAUCAUUUUAACAAGUAGAGUUGUCGUUAGUUAGAGUUAUACCUCGGUAUCUAUUAACUAAUACUGGUUUGAUGACAGUGCUUUAUUGAUUGGACAUAGAUAUUGCUUGCUUCAUGUAAAUGAGGCGUUGGUCGAUCCCCUUCUCAGAACAAUGUGGUUUUUGUGGACCUUAGGCUGGAUUUCACUCGUCAUCCAGUUUGCCUUUGCUUCCUUAGCUCUGGCAUCUGGAUUGUAUUACUUGGCGGAGUUGGUGGAAGAGUUCACUUCUGCUGCAGCUCGUAUCAUUAGAGUCCUUAUCUUUAUCGUUUUUGGUGUGUUUGUCGGAUUCUUGCUCUUUGAAGACUUUCCUCUGCCUAUGACCCUGUGCGGUAUGGGAGCACAGUUGGCGCAUUUAUACGUCAUGCAAACAUUUCCCUACUUUAGAGUUUCCUCCCCUGCCUUCAUCUCGACCCUCUUCUUCGUCAUCGUCAACCACUAUAUUGCCUUCUCCCAUUUUAGCAACAACUUCUAUCCAUUUGUUCAAGUGAUGGCUUAUUUCACUCUGUGCAUGUGGAUGGUUCCUUUCUCUUUUUUUGUAUCCCUAUCAGCCAACGAUCUCAUCCUUCCUACCCAAGCUGAAAAAUCCACCCUCUUGGGACAGGAUGCGGACAAUGACGUUGUGAGCAACUAUUUCAAAAAGAGGGGUAAAAAGUAUGGACUUCUCCAGUUCUUCAACUCUGCUAAAGACGCCGUCUUCCCCCAGAGAAUCAAGAAGACCUUUUAGCCCCUCCUUUUGUUGGAGCUUGUCAUAAAUAGAUGGGAUAGUGUACUCAAAAGUGAUAGCGUCGAGCAAUUUCAUACCAUACACGUAAUAUGAUAGUGAUUACCUAAAUUGAUAAACUCUCUCGUCCCAAUAUGUUAAUUACUUGUAACGUGAGAAGUACUAUGUGUUUCUCGUUUACGUUUUGGAAAAUAUAGAUUAUAUUUUUUAACGAA